AUGUUGAGUGAAAUUUUGGAUUGGUUAACAUCGGAAGCGAUAGAUUUCGAUGAAAAGGCAGAUGCAAUGUGUAAACAUUCAACUAAUCUACCUCCACCGGCAGAGGCCGCAAAUGGGUCGGGCCCAAAAGAUGGCCCACCAGCCAACUCAGCAAAACGGAACUCGGCCCCGAACCCUCGGGACUGCUGCAAGGUCUGGCCAAAGGUCUGGUACUUGCGUACGUCAGCAUCACUCACACUCCUACGGGCAAACUUCAUAGACUCCUCAAAAUGGGCUGCCUUUAUCUCUGAGACCUCGUCUUCAAUAUCCUCGUCCAUCAACUCGGGAUUUUCUCUUCUUCUCUUCUCUCGUUCUAUGUCCUGA